AUGUUCAUCGGUUCUCCUCUGUUUGAGCUCCACUUGAAAGCACCCGUAUCACAACAACCGCUCCUGUCAGUCAAACUCACUCUUAAUCGACCGCCGUCCAAUCAGAGACCUCCUUACUUUUUAACGGACUUUUGGGGCCAAUCACAGCCAGCACCUCUGCUUUCACCUCUCCCGCCGAGGGGCGUGGCUACGACCUUAUUUGGCAGUUAUGACCUUACAUGGAGCGCCGCCAGGGGGGCAGCCAGACGAGGCAGAGCAGCGAGUGACACUUUCCCCCAAAUUGUAGCUUUGACUCCGAGAGGAGGGACGGACAGUCGGAGGGAGAAGCGAGCUGAAGCGAAGCUGUCGAGCGGCGAAGCUUGGUCCAUCUCUUCUUCUUCUUCGUUGAGGAUAUUUCUGAAUAAACACGGCACGUUGACGUCUAUCCGUAUCCUCACGCGCGAGAGCUAA